AUACAAGAGGCGAUCAGGACAACUGAUGAGAAAAAUAAAGAACUGGUUGGUAAAUACACUCAUGAAAUACAACUCAGGAAACAGUACCACAAUCAGUUAGUGGAGUUGAAAGGUAACAUCCGUGUGUACUGCCGAGUGAGACCUUGCUUGCCUGAGGAUGGGUUCACGGAGCCGGUCGUGAGCUUUGACCCCUUUGAUGAUGGGGUCAUUAUGGUCAACAGCAAGGGGAAGUGCCAGAAGUUUCACAUGGACAAGGUUUUCAAUAUGAAUGUCAGUCAGUCAGAGGUAUUUGGGGAAGUUUCGGCACUGGUGCGCUCAGCCAUUGACGGUUUCAAUGUGUGCAUCUUUGCGUAUGGACAGACAGGUUCAGGAAAAACUCACACAAUGGAGGGGGUUUCCCAUGAUCCUGGUGUGAACCAAAGAGCGCUGCGGCUCUUGUAUGAGGAGACCAAGACAUCAGGCUGGCAGUACAGCAUUGAAACCAGCAUGCUAGAGAUUUACAAUGAGUCUCUGAGAGACUUGCUGAAUCCCGACCCCAACACUAACAAACUGGAGGUAAAGAUGAAACAGGAAGGAGGUUUCCACGUUCCUGGUUUGAUGACAGUGCCAGUCAAUUCUCUGUCUGAGGUCAACAAGAUUAUUGAGACAGGCCGUCAGAACAGAGCAACUGCCUCAACCAGCAUGAAUGAAAGGUCGUCACGGUCACAUAGUUUAUUAUGCGUCCAUGUCACCGGGGUCAAUGUUCUAACUGGUAACAAAACUUUUGGACGACUAAAUCUUGUGGAUCUGGCAGGCUCAGAGAGAGUGAGCAGGUCUCAGGCUGACGGAGCUCGACUGAAGGAAGCCCAGAAUAUCAACAAGUCACUGUCGAGUUUAGGUGAUGUCAUCAACGCUCUCAAGAACAAGCACGCUCAUGUGCCGUACCGGAACUCCAAGCUGACCUACUUGCUGCAGGAGUCAUUGGGUGGGGACAGCAAGACUCUAAUGAUCCUUCAGGUUUCACCGGGGGAAGAAAACGUCAGUGAAAGCAUCUGUACCCUCACUUUUGGUCAGAGAGUUCGAUCGGCAGAGUUGGGACCUGCCAAAAAGAAAACUGAGGGAACACCAACUGCUGCACGUUCAGCUGAGUCUGCUAACUCUCCUAUGAGUGGAACUCCUUUACUGAAAACACCAAAUCCAACAAAAGCAUCUCCUAUGCCUGUAAAACUUGGGCAGAGGCUAAAGCAGUGA